UUCACGUAGAUUAUUUCAACGGUAGAUGCUGUCAAAAUUUUUUCUUUAAAAAUAUGGUUAGCGCGUCGUUUUGUGAGUGCUUGUUUUAAACUGGAUUUUACAAAAAAUAUUGAUACAAAAUAUAUUUAAAUAAAAAUUAUUAGUGUACGGUGCAUUUAGUUUACAAUGAAUACGCCAAUGCUCUCAACACUAGCAUCGUUUGAUGAUAUUCGACGCUGUAUGCAGGUUUUAAAAGACGGCACGGCUGAAGAAGAGUUUUUACGUCUGCUACGCUUACAAGAAAAAUUUCGUCAGGAAUGUUUUACUCAUGCUCAAGAAACACAAAGAAUACAAAAAGAACUCGACGCUUCUUUGCAGUCAAUGGCGGACUUAGAAACCAAACUUUUCCAUGCACGCCGUUUGCUUGAAAUGGAAAGUAAGGCACGUCGUGACGCAGAACAUGAUCGAGAACAAUUAGAAAAAAAAAUUGUUGCUGUUGCAGAUUUGCUGCAAAACGAACGUAACCUUAAAGAUGAAACUAAAGAUAAGCUAGCUUUUCUGAACACAAUACCCAGAAAGCGCAAAUCACUCAAUCGGCACAUUGAAGAAAAAUAUGGCAAUGAUAUUAACUCAACAGGAUCGUUUUUAUCAGAUUUGUCUAUAACUCAAUCAGAAGAUGAUUUCUUAGAUGUUCGUCAUUCAAAAUCAUGGCAAAAGCAUCGACCAUCAAUACCAAAAAACUCAAUACCCUGCACUAGUACAAAACGGUCUCGAUUAAGUGGUGCUGGUAUGGAUAGCGGUGUGCAGUCAACUCCACCAAUCACAACACGUCGUUCUACCACUCGCCGUAGUGGCGUUGGAGUACAAAAACACACAUUAAAUAUUGCACCUGGUACAGAACGUAUUUGUGCUACGACCAAAGUUACUAUACCACAAGCUGGAAAUGGUAUUAUACGCACUGAAUCAAUAAUUGAAUCUGAACCAUUAAGGGAAAAUGUUAACGAAAUUUUUAUUGUAAACGAUCCCUCAACACCUAAAAAAACAGGAUUUUUUGCGCCAUCCGCUCCUCCCAUGACACCGGGUAAUAAACUGGGCACUCCUGGUUGCAUGCAAACUCCAUCAAAAGAUAUCCGUCCAACGCCUUUAAGAAAUCACAAUUUCACAUCAAAAACAUUUAUUCGCGCCGACACAUGUGCACAGUGCAAGAAAAAAAUACGUUUUGGCGCUGUCGGUUUACGUUGUCGUGACUGUCCAAUACGUUGUCAUGUCGACUGUCGUAACUUAUUAAACAUUAGUUGUGUGCCUCAAACUAAUACUCCAACACUCAAGGGAAUGGGAUUCAUUGCUGAAUAUGCACCAGCAAUUGCACCUAUGAUACCAGCUUUGAUUAUUCAUUGCGUAAAUGAAAUUGAAUCUCGUGGUUUAAAUGAAGUUGGCAUAUAUCGUGUAUCUGGCUCUGAACGUGAGGUUAAAGCAUUAAAAGAACGCUUCUUACGUGGAAAAAGUAUGCCUCAUUUAAGUGAUUUCGAUAUACACGUAUUAUGCGGGUGUAUCAAAGAUUUUCUUCGUUCUUUACGCGAACCACUUAUACCUACAUGCUUAUGGAAGCAUUUUUGUAAUGCUGUUCAAAAUGUAUCUGAGGAUGAUAUUAAAAAAGAAUUACGAAAUGCUAUAAGUUGCUUGCCACAAGCUAAUCGUGAUACUUUAGCUUUUCUAAUACUACAUUUUCAACGUGUUGCAUUGUGUCGCGAGGUGCUUAUGCCAAUUGAUAAUAUUGCUCGAGUUUUUGGACCAACCAUUGUAGGAUAUUCAUCACCGGACCCAGAUCAACAGGCUAUUUUAACUGAAGUCUAUACACAGUACAGUGUUAUGCUUAAUUUACUUAAAUUAGAAACUGAUUAUUGGCAUCAGUAUGUUAGCUUAGAUAAAGAUAAGGAAAACCAAGAAAACAUAGACUUCGGUUGCAUGACACCUAAGAAUAAUAAGGAAUCUUUAUAUGUACAAUAUGCAACACCUUUCAAAAGCACACUUAAAAAGCGAAAAUUUUAUGGUACGCCGCCCAUACCUCAUAAAAAGUAGGAUUCAUAAUCUUGACAACUGCAGUUUUCCUUCUAACUUAAUUAGUACAUAAUAAUUACUUUUUUUCCUUAAACUUUUUGAAAUAUUUUCGUUUAUUAUAUUUUUAUUCCAAAAGUGUUACUUAAUUUAACGAAUUCACUUUUAUAGAAAUUAUGCAGUUAAUUUUUUUAUUAUAGAAUUUACUUUCGUUUUCAUGAAUGUAAUUUUUUUCUUUCUUGGUUUCGGGUUUAAACAUUUAAAAUAAAAAAAAUAUAUUUUGAAUUAU